AUGUUGGUUGUCGGACUCACUGGAGGCAUUGCAUGCGGGAAAAGUACCGUAUCUCGGAGGCUUCAAGAAAAGCAUAAACUUCCUGUGGUUGACGCAGAUAAAAUUGCAAGGGACAUUGUUCAGCCUGGAGAAAGGGCAUUCAAUGAAAUAGUUAUCUACUUCAAAGAUAAAAUACCAGAUCUUCUUUUGGAAGAUGGCCAUUUGAAUCGGCCAGCUUUAGGGAAAUGGGUAUUUGCUGAUAAAGAUGAUUUGAAGCUGCUGAACGGGAUAACACAUCCACAGAUUCGAUUGAAAAUGCUUGAACAGCUGCUCAAGUACUAUAUCAAAGGAUACAGGAUGUGUGUGCUUGAUGUGCCGCUAUUGUUUGAAGGUAAGUUGGACAUGCUCUGUGGAAUUACGCUUAGUGUUACAUGUGACGAAGAAACUCAACUGGAAAGGUUACAAGUAAGGAAUCCUGAUCUUUCCAUGGCAGAUGCAAGAAACCGAAUCAACUCCCAAAUGCCCAUGGCAGAAAGGAGAGCUAAAUCAGAUUAUGUGAUUGAAAACAAUGGCCCGUUACAGGAUCUAUACAAGGCUGUGGAUUCUAUUGUCACCAAAAUACAGCCUUCUGCACUGAGAACGUUGGUAGAAUACUUUCCACCGUUCGGGGCCGUGAGCGCAACUGCUAUGAUAGCAUCCAAGUAUAUAUUAGGGCGGCUUCAAGAGGAAUAA